AUGGAACAAACUGAAGUCAUAGCGGUACUGUCGGUCGAGUCGGACGAAGUUCGAUUCACAGUGGUAUCGACCAGGGACGGCAACGAAGUGGCCACAUCGGCCGAGACGUUUCCGUUAAUAACCGCAGAGUCGAAACACCGGAAAGGCGGCAGAAAAUCUGAAAGCUCAGAUCAGCAGCCUGUGGCGGCGGUAUCACCCACGCCAGCCACCGACGCGGUAACCGAUUGGGGUGCGAGCUGUACAUUGACAGCGGAGUCACCGAUGAGUCAGGGUGACGUAGAACAGGACCCGGACGUUGUUUGGGAAGCGGUGCUGCGGGUGAUCGGCGACGCGUUGGACAAGAUGUCUCGGGACGGCAUUCCGGUCACGUACAUUAAGUCAGUAUCCAUCAUCAACGAGAUGGCCACGUUGGUAGCGUGGAACGCGGUCACCGGCAAAGCGGUGCACAACUUCAUCCACUGGUCGGACGUUCGGAUGGCCGAAGGCGGAACUGCCGCGGCCGUGAAAUGGUUGCUCCAGCGGUCGUUGACCGUGCGGUGCACCGCGGACGACUGCCGGUUCGGCACACUGGACGCGUGGCUGACGUGGAAGCUGACGCGCGGGCACACUUACCAAACGGACGUGACGAACGCGUCGUACACUGGGCUGCUGGACCUGGCCACGCUGUGCUGGGACUCCGACAACAUGCGGUCCCACGGUCUGGCGGCGGCUGCUUGGCCCGAAAUCCGCAGGCUGGACAAACGCUCGGCCUCGGUGAUCGUUGUUGGCCGCCUGUACGGGCUGUCCAUUCACGUGACGAUGGCCCGUCCCAGCGCCGUGCUAUACGCACAGGCGUGCUACCGCCGCGGGCAGGUGGCCGUCACGCUGACAGACCGGACGGCUGUGGUGCUGGGCGCAUACGACCACGGCCCGCCACGCUUGCAACCAACCUUAGGGCCAUGUCCCGUGGUCGGCUACUGCGAGCCAAACAUGGCUGACCGGAAACGUCCGACAGUCGUGUACGGCUUGCUGGCAGUGUCCAGGGCUAGCGCCGUCGUUUUCUGGCUGAAGAAUAUGGGCUUGACCAAGUCGUGGGACGAUUGCAUGAACACCUACGCUUCGGGUAGGGCGACGAAGACCGAACACCAGGCGUACAUGGUGCCGGCGUUCGAUGGCCUGCCGUCGGCGCCGUACGGACGGUCGGACGCGCGCCCCGUGGUGUGUGGCAUCGGUGGCAACACCGGGCCCGUACACUUGAUCGCCGCGGCCGUCGACUCGGUUUGCCACAGCGUCAACGACAUUGUCCGGUGCGUGGUGGCCGGUUCGUCGUCAAAACUCGCAGAACCCGUGUACGUGGACGGGCAGUGUGCGGCGCGGGAAGGCCUGAUGCAGCGGUUGGCAGACGUGUCUGGCAGUCGGUUAGCGGUGAAACGGUUGGACAUGGCCGUCAGCGGCGUGGCACGGAUGGCCGCGGCCGCGAUAAACGUCGAUUACGCGGACCGACUGGAGGCCGUGGACUACGUGCCCACUUCCACGGACGGACAGCGGUUGGCGUGGGACGGUCAGUGGGCGAAGGCGGUGCGCAGGAGUUACGGCUGGGUGGCCGUGGACGGCCGCGAGUUGGACGACCGGUUCGCUGAGCCCCGCGCCGACAAGCAGGCCGGCUACUUCGGCGUUUCACAGUUGGCCAAUGUACUUCGCCGCGUUGGUUUCUGGUACAACAGGAAGGUGUAUGAUCUGCUCUACGCUUUGCGCAACUAUUUGACGCCCAACACACCACCGUACGACGUGAACACCAAUAGCUCACCCGGAACGCACGAUACCACGGCAUGUAAAAUGUAA